ACUGCUUCUUUGACCACUACAGCUACCACUGCCCAGAUCCAGGAUAACUGCCAGCCCUACUGAGACCGCUCUUCUCGGACCCCUCUACUCUGCCUCGUACCUCUCUGCCCCUCUCCUUUGAUUAGCAUAUGACCGCAACCAUGGCUGAUAUCAACAAUGGUUAUGAACAGAGGUUUCAGGCAAACGGACACCAUAAAGAGAUUGACCUGAUCAACAGAGACCCUAAGCAAGUUAACGAGGAUAUAGUGAAGGUGGACUUUGAGGAUGUGAUCGCUGAGCCUGAUGGGACUCACAGUCUGGACGGGGUGUGGAAGGCCAGUUACACCACCUUCACUGUGUCCAAGUACUGGUGCUACCGCAUCCUAUCAGGCAUUUUGGGGAUCCCAGUGGCUCUGCUGUGGGGCUUCCUAUUCGCUUGCCUCUCCUUCUGCCACAUCUGGGCCGUUGUGCCAUGCAUUAAAAGCUGUCUGAUCGAGUCCCAGUGUCUGAGCCGUAUCUACUCCCUGGCCAUCCACACCUUCUGUGACCCCUUGUUCGAAGCCCUGGCGAAAAUAUUCUCAAGUGUUCGGGUGGUGCUACGGAAGGAGGUGUAGGGUUCAGAAGCAUGGGAAUGGGACAGGGAGGAAGUGGUUAGGCUGCUCUCCACCCAUUUUUUAGCAGAUGCUCUCAUCUACAGCAACUUACAGUUAGUGCAUUCAUCUUAAGAUAGCUAGCUGAGACAACCACAUAUCAGUUGUAGUACAUUUUACAUCAAUAAAGAAGUUAUCAGCAAAUUCAGUGCUAGU